AUGUCUUCUUCGGCAAACUCCUCCUUCAACUCUCGAAUCCGCACCUCCAACCGAGCCUCCCAGCCCCGACGUGGUCUCUCCUACAGCAAGAGAGUUGCUGUUUCGGAUGAAGAUGCAUACUCCUACGCCCUUCGCGCCGCGUACCUCGCCUAUCUCCUCCUACCACGGCAGAAGCGUAUUCAGCAUGUCGCCAAUACCUCCAAACCCAUCCAGCGCUCCUCCACAUCCAUCAACGAUAUGAUCAAGGACUUUAGUCUUUUACGAGACUCGAAAAGCGCGAAGCUGCCUCAUGGCUUCCCCGCAGAGCUGGACAAACGCAUCACCGGCGUGCUAUAUGGGAAGGAGAAGAUGCCGGAGUUUAAUGAUAGCCUGGUCAAGAGAAGCUUCGCCGCCUUCUUGAACGAGUUCAAGAACCCCACGUUUCGAAGAUCGGUGGAAAAAGAUCGCAAGGUGGAAGACUUGCUCCUCAUCUUCUUCUCCAAAGCUACAAGCGAGUUGCAGAAAGGCAAAGCGCCGGAAGACGAUGGUUGGAAGUUGAUGGUCGACCGCCAUGUCGCGUUGUUCGUCAGGAUUAUAAGCAACACACUCCAGAACAAUGAGUGGUCAAGGGACCGCCCCGACCUCACCUCGAAGUUGAAGAUGCUCGAGCAGAAGCUCCUGCAACACGACCAAGAUUUGGCAGAUGCAAGUCGCAAUGCAGGUGGACAGAGUAUCGAAGUCGAGGUGCCUCGCAGCUACGAAGUCAGGGACAUGCCGCUCGUCGUGAGAGUGUGUCGAAUUUUUGCUAUUCCAACCGCUCAGGCUCAAAGCGAUAUCAAUGCGCACAGGAAUGAAUGGACAGAGCAAGCGGCGUUGAAAGACUUGAAAGAGUACCAGAAUCAGAUGAUGCUCAAUACUCAUGUCACCUUGACCAAAGACGACUUCAACAUGGAGGAAGCAUACGAGGGCUGGAAGAAGGGUGAAAUCAGCGAUCUGAGCCAGAUGAUUCUCGCAAUACUCAAAAGCAACCCGGAGCUCGCAAAGACGAGCGCAGAAACUCCAGCGGCCGUUCCCACGCUCAAGACAAUCGACGGCGCAUACCACCACCCUAGCAAGACCCUCACCAAGGACGGCGACGUUGAUCCGAACUACGUGAUUGACACGCCUGUCGACAUGAGCAGCCUCAACCUUGGCACUUCCGAUCCGAUAGAUACCGAGACGGAAUAUCUGAACGGUGCGCAUGCGGCCUUCACGUUUAUCCCCCCGGAACGAAGACAGUACUACAAGCGAGUUCUCAGCAAAGCAUUGGCUCAUGAUCUACAAGACGAGGCUAUGGCAGCCGAAGAACCUGCAGCCGAGGCAACUACUGGCAAGUUGCUAUCGCAACAGAGCACAGAUCUAUUGAACGAAAUUGCGGCGCGUUGGCGUAUGCCACAACCCAGUCGGGCGGUCCUGUUGCUUGACGCGGUGCGUGAUAAGUACCAAGAUCAAGACAUCAGCCUUGAAACGGUAGACUCUGCUUGGACAUGGCUAAAGCAAGCCCCCGAACCGCCAAAGAAAAUCACUGGAAAGCAACCGCCGCCACAGCUUACUUUGUCUGAUCGCAGCAGAUGGACGGUGCAGGACUUUGGACUGUAUCAGAGCAUCCUUGGCACCCUUCACGAUGCACUGCUGCGCGAGCUGUUCGAGCUCUUCCAGCAUUGCUACGAGAAUAAGCCUCCAAGCAUUGGGAGCGUCAUGUACGUGCUCGAGAACCACGUCUAUGAUGAUGCACUCUUCACCAAGUCUCCAGAGGAUCUGGACGGCUUCACUGCAACGCUGGCGGACGCGGUACGGCAGAAAGCACGGAACAAGUAUCACGAAAUCCUUUCCAAGAAUGUCUCGGACGAUGCGAACCAGUGGGAGUUCUACCACGUCAUCCAGCUCGGCCAGGCGGUGACUGGUCUAUGUGCCAAGAUUCAGAAGCGAUACCGCAAGAAUCCAGAGGUCAUGGGAGUCAAUCCGCUGACUAUCUUGGUGGAAGAAGUCUUGCCAAGUUUUGCGGACGAUGCAAGGGCGCUUGUGAAGCGAAUUUUGGAGCUUGCGCAGAAGCGAGACGAGGAAGUUCCAAUCCAAGACGGCUUUGAGCUGUACAAGGAGCUUGUGGAGAUUCGGCAGGUGUAUGCUCAGGCUUUGCCCGGCAAGGAAUUUGGCUUCCACAUUGAGAACUUGCUUCAGGUCUUCGUCUGGCGUUGGAUCGAGAUGACGGACUCCAAGAUCAUCGACUGGAUCGAGGGCUCGGUCGCGCAUGAUGAUUUCAAGGUUCACCAAAAUGAAAAGGACAAGGAGGAGGGGCUUCCUCCCACGGACGAUGAGCGGCACUCCCAAUCCGCUGCGGAUGUGUAUCGCAUCUUCAAUCAGAGUAUCGAGAUGAUUGUGAAGCUGGAAUGGGAUCACGACCUGCAAUACGCCAAGUUCAUGACCGCGAUCAGCAAGUCCAUAGGACGGGGUGUUGCUCGCUACUGCGAACUGCUUGAAGGAAUGUUCACAAAGGAGAUGGACCGGCAGACUCCCGAACAAGAAUUGAAGGCGCAACAGACGCAGAGAGACAAGUGGAUGAAUUACGCAAAAGACUUCUACCAGAACGGCGGCAAAGGCGAUAAGAUUGAGCCAUUCCAGUUCUGGCCGGAGUCGUUUGUGAAAAUCAACAACAUCGAGUACGCGACACUGCAGUUGGACAAGUUGGAGAAGGAGGUCAAUGUCGAUGCUUGUGCCGAAGUCAUCAACCAGCGAGAGCCACCUCCGCUACCGAGCAUGAGGCGACCGGGCACGAACAAGUUCAUGUUUACGAUCAAGAUUGUUGAGGGCGAGGAUCUCAAAGCCGGCGAUAUCAACGGACUCAGCGACCCGUACGUUGUGCUGGGUGAUGAGUAUCAGAAGAGGUUGGCCAAGACAAGGAUUGUCUACCAAAGUCUCAAUCCUAGGUGGGAUGAGACGGUCGAUAUUCUGACAACCGGUCCUCUGAACGUCAUCGCAACAGUCUGGGAUUGGGACAUGAUGGGCGACCACGAUUGUCUCGGCCGCACGAACUUGAAGCUGGACCCUGCCCAGUUCACCGACUUCCUGCCGCGGGAAUACUGGCUGGAUCUGGACACCCAAGGCCGCAUCCUCGUCCGCAUCAGCAUGGAGGGCGAGCGAGAUGACAUCCAAUUCCACUUCGGCAAGGCCUUCCGCACUCUCAAACGCGCGGAGAAGGAGAUGACACGGAAGACGACUGACAAGCUCUCCUCUUAUAUCCACCAAUGUCUCUCCCGCCGUACUCUCCGCGCCUUGCUGCAUUACAACAGCCUCGGGCCGGUCUCAAUUUCGAAUGUGAAAGGCAUGUUCUCCAAAGCCAUCAGCGGCCGUCCAGGCUCGAUCAUUGCCGCUCCGUCGCAGCCUCCCGCGCCGCCAACGCAGGAUCAGAUUGCAGGCUCGCUGAGACCUCUGCUGAGCUAUUUCGAUGAGAACUUUGCCAUUAUGAAGUUGACGUUGACGGACAGCGCGAUGGUCCUGGUGAUGACGAGGCUGUGGAAGGAAGUGCUUGCUACAAUCGAGGGCCUAUUGGUUCCGCCGCUUAGCGACAAGCCGUCUUCGCAAAGGCAAUUGACCGAGCAGGAGGUGGACAUUGUCUACAAGUGGCUCCAAGUCCUCUUCGACUUCUUCCACGCCGUCGACGAAGCCGGCGUCGCCCUCGGCGUGCCCCUCGACAUCCUCAAGAGCCCCAAAAACCACGACGUCAAGAACCUCUACUUCUUCUACUCCGAAUCCACCAACAACCUCAUCCGCACAUCGGAGAAAAUGGCCGCCGAGACGGCACACAGGCAACAGGAAACCGCCGCGCGUCUAGGCCGGCUCACCGCCCCGGGAGGCCUGCACUCUGUCGCCCGCAGGUCAAAGUCGGUCAUGAUGUCGCGCAACCUCGGCACGAUGCGCAAGGCAAAGGAGGAGAAGCGCAAGGAGGCGCAGGCGGAUCCGAGCGAUGAUAUGAUUUUGCGCAUUCUCAGGAUGCGGCCGGAGGCGGAGAGGUAUUUGAAGGAUCGCAGUCGGCAGAAGGACCGCUUGGCUGCUGCGGCUGCUGCAGAGGCGAUUGUCCGGCAGAGUCUGCAGGCGAGUCGGGCGGCGAACAGUGCUGCAGCGGCUGGGGGAGGCAUCGCGAGGAGGUGGGACACGAUUCGGGAGUAA